AUGAACCAGUACGAUGACACUACUGAUCCAGAGGAGCACGUGAACGUCUUCACCACCCAAGCAGGAUUGUACACUUCGGAUAACGCAAUCCUCUGUCGUGUUUUCCCAACAUCCCUAAAAGGGCCUGCACUCAAUUGGUUCACACGAUUACCACCCAACUCUAUCAAUUGUUUCGAUACGUUGGCCACACGUUUUGGCAUACAGUUCGCCACCAGUAAGCCACACCAUCUUACUUCUCUAGCAUUGGUAAAUAUACGACAGGAAAAAGGAGAGUCUCUGCGGGAAUUUAUGGAACAAUUAUGGAAGAUAUUCUUGAAUAUCUCUAAUUUGAAUCCUGAGGUCACCAUGCACCACCUCAUAACAGCACUAAAGCCUGGCCCUUUCGUUGACAGUCUAUGCAAGAAGUUCGUGAACAAUCUGGAUGAGCUUCGGACCAGGGCCACCAAAUUCAUGCAGGUGGAGCAACUAAAAGAAUUCCACAAUACAACUCGAUUAGACACACAGGAGAAUAGGCACCAUGAUAGAGAGCGAACGUUAGCUCCCCGAUCCGGCCAUAGGUUCAAAGACUCUAGGCAGUCGAAAUACAGCAGAGGUACAGAGGAGCAGCGCGUAAUCUCAGCCAAAAAGAAAGGAGUUGAUAUUUGGCGAAGUACAGACGGGCAAACCCCAAAUAAGGAAGGAGUUGAUAUUUGA